GUGAGUUCCUCAUAUCCGUGUGGAGAUUGCGAAGGCACGCCUUCUCCUCAUACAGGCUGUUCGCAUAGAAGACUCCACAAGCCACAAGGGUGGUGCAAAAAUAUACAGAACACUGCAAGGAGACCGGGCUUGGAUCAUCUGUUUACCGCAGUGUACACUAUGACGGAUGGUGACUAUGAUUAUCUGAUUAAGCUCCUGGCCCUUGGAGAUUCCGGUGUUGGGAAGACCACCUUCCUGUACAGAUAUACAGACAACAAGUUCAACCCCAAAUUCAUCACCACAGUUGGAAUAGACUUCCGGGAAAAGAGAGUGGUUUACAACAAUGCAGGUCCAGGUGGCACACAGGGCAAGACCUUUAAGGUGCAUUUACAGCUGUGGGACACAGCCGGACAGGAGAGGUUUCGGAGCCUCACUACAGCGUUCUUCAGAGAUGCAAUGGGUUUCCUUUUAAUGUUUGAUCUCACAAGUCAACAGAGUUUCCUGAACGUUCGGAAUUGGAUGAGUCAGCUUCAAGCAAAUGCUUACUGUGAGAAUCCCGAUAUUGUAUUAAUUGGCAACAAAGCGGACCUGUCAGAUCAGAGAGAGGUCAAUGAGAGGCAAGCAAAGGAACUUGCCGAUAAGUAUGGAAUCCCAUAUUUUGAAACAAGCGCAGCAACCGGACAGAAUGUGGAAAAAUCAGUAGACACUCUUCUGGACUUGAUAAUGAAACGCAUGGAGCAGUGUGUGGACAAGACCCAAGUACCAGAGGCAGCAAACGGAGGAAACUCUGGAAAAUUAGACGAAGCAAAAGUCGGAGAAAGAAAAUGCGCCUGUUAGAAGAAAAGAAGAAAUUUAAAGAAAAAAUAACUUGUCUGGACUGUGAGAAUCUUCUACGGCUAAUAUGAAAUGGCUGAGGAACCGCCAGGCUGCCCCCUAGUGGUCAGUGUCUACUCUGAAGCCAUUCAUAGCAUCAUACCAUUAACACAGUCUUCAAAGAAAAAAUAUAUAUAUGAAAAUCCCGUUGACAACCCUUCCCCACCUUUAGUUGUUACGGUAUCCGCCAUCAUCUCUUGUGAAGAAAGUGUUAAUCUUAUAUAUUUAUAUGCAUUCAAAAAAAUAUGUUUCUUACUGGGGAAAAAAAAAUGGUGACUGAGGUUAAAAUGGGAUAUUUUAUGUUGUUUUAAAUCAUUCGGUGUAGAUUAUAAAUUUGGAUUGGGUAUGCAAGCACGGCAAUCGAUUACACAACCUGGACUCUCCUCCCCAUGCUCCUCCCACUUCUGGAUUUCCCGAUGAUGUUUAUAUCCGGACGACAAGAGGUUCUAGCUGUCUACCAAACCUUUGUGAAUGAUUCCGACGUAUCUUCUCGUCUCAUGUUUUUUGCUUGGUGUGUACGUGUUGCUAUCGAUAAACCAAACCGUGUCGCAAUCAGGGAUUAUUCUCUGGCCCGUUUGUCACUGGGGUGCUAAAGAUUUGAUGUAUAUUUGGUUAGUCUAUAUGAUAGCCCUUGGUUCUUGUAAGUCAAGCUCAUAAAAGGGGUGGUGCUUAUCAGAAUGUGGGCAGGGCUUUUGUAUCUCAUAAAGGUCCUAUCAGUGGUGCCUAUUCAUCUCCUGGUUUUAUUUUCUUAUAGCAAAAAGUUCUUAAGUUGUCUAAUUCCUCUCAAGUUGGGUGAAAUUCAAAAUGGCCGCCAUUAUGGUUCCCUCUUUGUUUCCAGUCAUAUGAACCAAUACUUUAGACCAGUGUUCCUCAACUCCAGUCCACUGGGCCUACCUGGCAGUCAUGUUUUCAGAACUUACUUAGUAUUGAGCAGGUGAUAUAAUUAGUGUCCAAUGCAUUAGGAACUUAGUAUUGAGCAGGUGAUAUAAUUAGUGUCCAAUGCAUUAGGACUUACUACAGGUAUUCAUUUUGUGGGAUAUUCUCAAAUCAUGGUGGGCAGGUGGGCCCUGAAGAUUGGAGUUGAUGAACGCUGCUCUAGACCAGCGGUCCCCAACCGCCGGGCCGCGGCCCAGGACCGGGCCCUGGAAGAUUGUUUGCCGGGCCGCGGCAAUACAGAGGAGCAGAGACGCCAGGCGCAUGAGCGCCCGACGCACACAUCACACACGGCCCGCGGCGGUACAGCGGGAAGGAAGGAGAGCGUUCCUUCCAACUGUAAUGCCGGCCAGCCACUGCCACCAAUGAAAAUGCUUGAAAAGGGCUAGUGAGGCAGGGAUUGGUUAGGUCUCACUGCCCCACCAAUGGAAAUAAACAUGACGGCCCGAGGAGGGAGGGGGGUUGUCGGCAUCCAGUUUCAGCUAGUAUCUGAGGGAGUGAGCCGGGAGAAUGACCUGCAGUUCCUCUUCCAUGUCACCUUGAAAAUAUCAGCAGUGCAGCCGGGACCAGUGACCACUAGACCCUAGUCAGUUUUGUGCAGCCAAUUCAGCCUGAAAUAAAGGUAGGGAGAUAUCAAUGUAACAGUAAGGCCUAUUUCACACUGAUUCUGCAUUAUGGCGAGUCACAUUUAAAUAAUAAAUGUAAUCGUUAUAUAGUGUUAUAUAUUUUAAUAUGCACCUUGUGUUUUGUUAUGC